AUGGCCCGCAGCACGUUGUCGGCUGGCUCGACGGUUCCCGUCUCUCCUAUUGCUGGAGCCUGGUCGCGUGUUUUCCUGCGUUCUUACCCACUUGUUGAUGUUAUCGGUUUGGCUUGUAUUCUAGCAUGCUGGAUUUUUAUCCAGAUAUUUGUGACCCCGUUCCAUCGCAUGUUCGCUCUUGAUAAUCAGGCUCUUCAGUAUCCUUUCGCUACAGUCGAACGAGUCCCCGUGCUAUGGUCUAUAUUCUAUGCCGGAGUUAUCCCGCUCCUAAUCCUUUUAGUUUGGGCUGCCGUUUUCCGUCCCAGUCCAUAUAAAGUACAAGUGACGAUCCUCGGUUUCCUGACGGCUAUAAUGCUCACCUCGCUUCUCACGGACAUCAUUAAAAAUGCGGUUGGAAGACCCCGUCCUGAUUUAAUAUCACGCUGUAUGCCUAGAAAAGGAACUCCUGAGAGUACGCUUGUCUACUGGACUGUUUGCACACAGACCAACGAACAUAUUCUACAGGAGGGGUGGAGGAGUUUCCCAAGCGGUCACAGCAGUUUCUCAUUUGCUGGACUGGGGUAUCUAUCAUUGUUCUUCUCUGGUCAGAUGCACGUGUUUAGGCCUAGAACGGACUUAUGCCGCUGUCUUUUGGUCCUGAUUCCGAUCGUCUGUGCCCUCAUGGUCGCGAUUUCCCGCCUAGAUGAUUACCGGCACGACGUGUAUGACGUUACAUCCGGCACCAUCCUAGGCUCCGUGGUCGCCUACUUCUGCUACCGGCGCUACUUCCCACCUCUGCGCUCUUUCCGAUGCGACACUCCAUACAGCAAGGAUGACUUCGUCCCAGAGGGCUUCUCUAAGCUUCCAGACGACGAAGAGCAACAGCUGUCUGGCCGCAGGGCUCAGUCGUGGGGGGGCGAAGAAUCUUACCAACUAGAUGUAUCGGUGUCUCACGAAGACCGGUAA